CAUCAAGUCAACAUCAUGGCAGGCAUUUAUGGAAACAUUUCAAAUAUAGAUACCACUGCAUCACAGGCAACAGCUAAUCAAGACAGAUUAAACAUAACAGGCAUUGAAGCCUCCAAUAAACUGGCGGAGAAUGAUCUUGCCCGGAUGGAGAACUACAAAAGUAUGAUCAUCAAAGUUGGCAGAGCAAAGCAGAUGGACCCGGCUGUGAUUGCUGCCAUCAUUUCCAGAGCAUCCAGAGCUGGAGCCGCUCUGAAGGAUGGAUGGGGCGACAAUGGCAAUUGCUUUGGCCUCAUGCAGGUGAACAAACGCUACCACACUCUCACUGGUGCAUGGAACAGUGAGCAGCACAUCGGCCAAGCUACCGAUAUACUCAUUAGCUUUAUUCAUGAAAUUAAAAAAAAAUUUCCCACGUGGUCCAAAGAGCAGUGCUUUAAAGGGGGAAUAUCAGCCUACAACGCAGGUGUGAGUACAGUCAGUUCAUACGAGAAUAUCGAUGCCAAGACCACAGGAGAAGACUACUCCAAUGAUGUUGUUGCCAGAGCCCAGUGGUUCAGAAGCAAGGGUUACUGAAGAACGACAGUUAUGAACCCGUGAAACACAUAGAUUAAAGGUUUAUUGUUGAGAUCUGCUUAGUUAAAUAUAAAUAUUAGACGACAGAGGGGGAUGUUGAGCCUAAUCUUGCACUGAAGCAUAGCACUGAAAAAUAAGGUUUCUCAGAGAACACUGCAUUUAGGGAACAUUUGGAAAGGAGGAUCGUAUUUAAGAUGAGUUUGCACUAAAGAUUCACAGAAAAGAUUGCCUGAAACAUUGUAACUACUUGCAAACUAAUCUGUUUGGAGAGUUCACUUUGCUGUGCUGCAUGCUCUGCAGGCAACUAAGGGAAAUGUUCGGAUGCUUUGUUGCCAAUAAAAAAAGUGAACAAAUC